UAUCGUAAAUGACAUAGCAAUCGGUGUCUAACAGAUAAAAUAAAAAUGUAGUUACGAUGCGUCAGCGAAAUCAGUGCCUCGCGGAUAAAAUUACUGCACUGUGUUGCGAUCUUCGUUUGUUUCAAUCUUCGAUUGAUUCGUUAGAAUAUUUUAUGGCAAGUACGACGUCGAAAUCCACGAAGCUAGGACGAACGAGAAAAGUUUAUUGUUCGUUCUGUGAUAUGUAUUAUCUAGGAAGAAGGAUACGUUAAUUUAUAAUUAAUAGGGAAAAGAUAUGUCAACUGUAAAAAUAGAGAUGCGGAGUAUCGAUGUUCUGCCGAGAUACGCUAGCGGAUGUCGUCUUAAGAUACGGAGGAAAAAUAGAGAGAACAGAAAAUCAAACGGAGUGACCAAGGUCAGAUUGUUAAGUGAAACGAUGAAUAUUUAUGUUUAACGCGUGUAACUGCUGGAAAAUUAAAAUAGAUACUUUCUCCAUUGCAUCGUUUCGGAAGAUAUGCGUAACCAUUUCAAACACUGUCAUUUCGCGUUGCUUUUUCGGACAGUCGCAGAUAAGAAAUUUCUGACGUGGACAUAGGUUUCCCUGGACGUAUUCCAAAAGCAUAACGAACAUUUACGUAAAGAUAUAAUCCCCUCUCGGUUCGAAAGAAAUCGAUACGUCGAUAUCGACGAGCGAUGGUCUGUUUUCUAUAACGAUAUCUAUAGAGUGAAACAAAAAUAGAGUCCAAAGCUGUAGGGUAAACGGUACUUGCCAAAUGACGAAAAAAAUCCUAAUGAACGUGGGUGAAAAAAUUGAUAGUUUGAAAAUAAUAAACAGUUUCUCGUUCAAGAUGAAAGGAAAUAACUUUCUCGCCUCAGAUCGAAGCAGUGGAUCAUCUUAUCGUUUAUCUUUUUCCUGCCUGCAAAAGCUCUUCUACGCGUCCUCCCUCUAUUUCCACGCUUGACAUCUGCAUAGUCUUUCAAAGAUUCCCAGACUUAACUAUUUCACUUGCCACUUUGGUAUUAAACAGAUAAUCCAUUAUUUCGUAUACGGUACGAUAGCUGCCAAAGCGAGAAAAUUACUCGCUUUCGGUUAUUAAACAAUACGUUGUUUAUAACUUUGAAACUAUUAAUAUUUCGAUGCAUAUUUAUUAGAAUAUCUUUUAUCUACUCUAGAAAUUGUAAACUCGCUUUUUGGUUCACCCUGUAUAAGCGGCGUGCCAUGUUACGCUCGCGAUGAACAUUAUUCCUCCGAUAUUCCCCAACUUUUAUGUAAUUCUAUACUCAGGUAAACAAGGAAAAAAUAAUGAUUUGCGCAUUUGAAAAAUGCUUCAACGUUAUAAUUACCAAAGCAAAUUCAAAUUUAAUCCAGUGACCUAAUUAUUCAAACCAAAGUGCAUACAAAAAGUACGUUAUACACAAAUUUCAGUGAUCACGACCAUUCUUAUUUAUACCAUCUAAAAAAAAAAAAAAAAAAAAAGAAAAAGAGGGAGGAAGAUAAAAAGGAAAACCAAGAAACAAAACAGUAAAGAUUAUUCCAAGAGUUUAAGCUCGAAAGCACAAGGUCGAGACGUUGCACUUCUUCUCUUCGCUGCAACGUGUUCUUGACAUUUUAAUUGAAUGCAAAAUAUGUUCGUUGUAUCUAAGGUCAACUUCCUCCGACACGGAUAAACGUAUUACGAACGCGAUCUAGCUGUUACUGCCACUGACUUCGAACCAUAUUAUCGGUUGCUGCUCCUUUUUGUCACUCUAGGUCAAAGCCAUUGUAAUUAUAAUAUCGUUGCCCCAUUGAUACAUUCUUUGGAAAUGUACUAUAUUAUAUCCAACAAUUAUUUCGAUUUAAAUAUCCCGAUCUUUAAUAAACUAGAAGCUAAUAACGAACUUUUCGUCUACUUCAUCGUACAUACAGGAUUUAAUGAAAACAAAAAAAGGAAGAUCAUCAACUUUACAGCUAAACUUUUUGUUCUUUCGCUUGGACGUUCUUCAAGGGAUCGUGGUAGUCCCAAGACAGUUAUAAAGCUGUUCCUAGACAACUGCUUUAUUAUUAUGAUCACAGACGAGCAAAAAAUCUGCGCGACUAAGUGAAUAUCUGCCAAAAAUCAAAGUCUUCGAUCCAUUUGCAGAAAUGAUCUGUGUAGAAUCAGCUUCGUCGAGAAAAAUAGUAGUUCAAAUCGAGUAGUUGUGAUCUUACGACGCGAACUGGUAAAUGAGAACUGUGUCUGAUGAAAAAUAUAUUAACAGAAAGUUAGAGUAAUUUUUAAUUUUAAAAUGAUUCGGCGCCACGCCUCGGCAAGUGAACCCAACUUUCAAACAAUUACCGCCUUUUCGACUCGACCCGAUUUUACGACUCCGCGACUUUAUCCGCUUGAUCUAUCACUCAAUUCUAUUCUGACUGAUACACCGGCGCAAUGGUUACGCGUUUAAUCUCUCUCGUCAUAAGUUAACCGGCUUUUACCGAUUCGCCGCUUCUUACGUUUUUCUUUUUUCUUCGAGCUUCCUUUCGUCGUCGACUCAACGGUUCGACAACGAUUUUCGCCGUCGACGUGUCGUUAUCCGAACUGACAGAUGCACGCACACGCUCUACAUCUGGCUAACUACUUCUCGAUAAUAUAAUCUAUUCGAUAUCAAUCAAUUAUUCAAUUUUUCGAAAUACUUCGUACAACGUGUUUAUAAAAGUCUUCUAUAAUUGCUGGAAUAUCUUUGUCAACUACCGUAUGUGCCAUUCAAGAGUCAAAGCAUCGACCACAUCGCAAAAUUUCUCCUACGAACGGUACAAUUAAAAAGAAAUCGCCAACCGACAACGUCAUCGUCACUUGCAGACUUCUAGGGCCAUCGAUGGGCCACGUGCUCCUCGACGUGAUUCGCUGAACCACGAUUAGCGAUUUCGCGAAGAGAACACCAACGGUCCUGCCGAAUAGGCCCACGGCCACACGGACACGUCGCUCAUGGCCGAUUAUCGGGGGUGACUGGCGUCGUAAAUAAGCGCGAGCCGUGACGAGCCAAUUAGCCAGGAAGCCGUUUCGCUGGCGCGUCUGCCGGUGUUCUGGGACUGACUUCUCCCCUGGGAGAAGCACGGCGACGGGACCGGGUGGCACAGCCUCGAUUAUCUCGGCCCGUGUGGCGACAAGCCACACCACGAGCACCGCGUCUUCUCUCGGAAUCGAGAUCGGCUUGGUGUCGCAGUCUCCACGCGUUCUACGACCGCGAAGCGUUCGAAAGGGUGGGUCGCGCGACCUCGACAGUUCCACGCGAACACCAAGUCUCCCAGGACGUUCCUUAAGUUCUCCAGAAGGGACAAAUCGAGAUAGAAGAUCGUACGAUCGUUUGAUAUUUCGUUGUUCUUUCGUUAAUUUCUUCGUUCGUUCUAUAGCGUGAUAUAAGAGCUAGAAUUUCGAUUCAGAAGGGUGGCUUGCUAGGAAAUUCACGAUACACCGAUAUUUCAGCUGAAAUUAUAUUGCGUUAGAAAGGAAACGUUAAGUAUUCUAUUAUUGCAGAAAGUUUCGAGGCUUAGUUUCGUUCAUUGAGGAUGACAGUGGUUUAACGCUUGCAAAAUUCUGACGGAUAUUUAGAAGCUUCGAAAGAAGGGUUUGGAAGGACGAUCGAAAGCGUGCGCCGAUUUGUUGGUGGCGCGCGGUAUCGGCAACUUCGUAACAGUGGCAAUCGGAAGUGAUAAUGCGCAUAGGAAAUCAAGACAGUGAUUAAUAGUGAACUAAUUACAUAUGAAACGCAAAUAGAGAAGACAAACGAAGAAGAGUAAAACGUCACGGACUGCGUAGUUUUAUGAGACAUUGAUUUUGACUAGAGAGAGCUUCGACUAACCGACAAGAUGAUAGAAGAGGCUGCGAUGUUCGACAUGACGGACGAGUUGUUGUUCUCCGCGUUGGGCCUGACCAUGGACACAGGUGUCGAGAAGCAACUGUUCUCCACGAAUUCCACGAGUUUCGCAUGCGACUACGAGGCAUCCUCUUGCAGAACGACGCCACGCAGCGAUGACUCGGAGACCGUCGAUCAAUCGAAUAAUAUAGGGAACACGGUCGAGUGUUACACGGAUCUGACUUGUCCGGCGAAGAUAUCUUGGAACGAAUGGUCUGAUAACAAUUCAACGCCACUGUCAGGUACAGGAUGUCUAAGCGAACUAAGCGAGCUGAGUGAGUUGGACUCGGAGUUGGAAUGGUGUUUAGACAGAAGCUGGAACUCGGGUCUUCCGGACAGGACACCGUUGUGCACAGCAGGCUGCGAGGGUUUUCUACACCUUCCUCUACCCAACCCACAGCAAACGUUUCAACGAGAGGAACCAUUAUGGGUGCUUGGGAUUGAUUUGAGAGCCCUCGAUGAUACCUUGGAAACCAGCGGUAUAGAUUAUAACAAUAAUCAAGUAGAAGAAAAUAUUUCGUCAGCAGCUGCCGCGGCACUAGCAACCCAUGACUACACUAAUCGCAGUUUGGCGAACGCGGCUGAGGAUCGAUGCUUUCCUUGCACUUAUCAAGGAUGCGUCAAGGUCUAUGCAAAGGCGUCCCACUUGAAAGCUCACCUACGUCGGCACACAGGCGAGAAACCAUUUGCUUGCACGUGGUCCGGUUGCGGAUGGCGUUUCAGCCGAUCCGAUGAAUUAGCCAGGCAUAGACGAUCGCACUCAGGCGUAAAGCCUUAUCCAUGCGAAAUGUGCUCGAAGAGGUUCGCGCGCAGCGACCACUUGGCCAAACAUCGCAAAGUGCACAGAAAGAACGCUUAUCCAUUGUUUCACGGGGGAAGAGGGCUACGCGGAGAAAAGAUGAAUUCCAUUCUACCAGCGGAGAUUUAGUCAAUUUAUCUUAUAUAAUAUAACUGACGAUGAUGGUAUUGAGCGUCGGAAGAAUUUUCUUUCGGAUUUCUCGAAUUUGCAGCUUCGUUGCUUCCUUGCGAUGAUAUUUAAUCGGGAAAUCGGAAAGAAAGUGUUCAGUUCUCGAUGCAUGAAAAUUGUGGAAAAUAAUUUCCGUGUUGAAAUUUUAGAGAGAAAAUAUAAUUCUGAAUUAAGUGACAAAAUUUAUAAUGCGACAAUAAAUUGUUGAAAAUACGAUAAA